GUGCUGGGAAGGCUGCUGCCCCUUUUCCUGCGGGGUGUCAGGGCGAGGCUCCUCACAAGGCCUGCAGUGCUUUCCCUGCUCUGGCCGCCAUGGAGACCUUGUCCCAGGACUCUCUGCUGGAGUGCCAGAUCUGCUUCAACUACUACAGCCCCCGCCGGCGGCCCAAGCUGCUGGACUGCAAGCACACCUGCUGCUCCGUGUGCCUGCAGCAGAUGAGGACCAGCCAGAAGGACCUGCGCUGCCCCUGGUGCCGCGGCAUCACCAAGCUGCCUCCGGGCUACUCUGUGUCCCAGCUGCCCGACGACCCCGAGGUGAUCGCCGUCAUCGCCAUCCCGCACACCUCGGAGCACACGCCCGUCUUCAUCAAACUGCCCAGCAACGGGUGCUACAUGCUGCCCCUGCCCCUGUCCAAGGAGCGGGCGCUGCUGCCAGGAGACAUCGGCUGCCGCCUGCUGCCCGGCGGCCAGCAGAAGUCGCUGACGGUGGUGACGAUCCCCGCCGAGCAGCAGCCGCUGCAGGCCGGCCUUCCCGCCGAGGCGGGCGCGGAGGAGCCGGACCGGAGGGGCGCCGUGAAAAGCUCCACCUGGUCGGGGGUGUGCACCGUCAUCCUGGUGGCCUGCGUCCUGGUCUUCCUGCUGGGCAUCGUCCUCCACAACAUGUCGUGCAUUUCCAAGCGCUUCACGGUGAUCUCCUGCGGCUGAGGCGGCGGGGCUGUGCUCCCCCGGGGCUCGGCUCGGGUCGGUGGCGGUUUUGAGCGAGACGGUUCCGUGCAGCUUUCCCCAGUGACUGC